AUGAGUUUCUACAAUAUGAUCCCUCUGUUAGUGUUUACCCUACUUCAAAUCACCAUUGCAAUUUCAUAUCCUGCAGAAUCCCAAACCUACAUCAUUCACAUGGAUCAUUCUCAAAAACCUUCGUCUUUUUUAACCCACGAAGCAUGGCACAGGUCUAUCUUGACUUCGUUAAUGUCAUCUUCAUCUCUGGCAGAUCAAGGGAACGAAAUGUUGUUGUACUCAUACAACAAUGUCAUGCAUGGUUUCAGUGCCAGGCUCACAGCCUCUCAACUUUCCGAACUGGAGGAAUCUCCAGCUCAUGUUGUCACGCAUCCGGAGACUUUUGGCAAGCUCUUGACAACACACAGUUCCAAGUUUCUAGGACUGAGACAAAACUCAGGCUUAUUACUUGCUUCCUCAUCUGGCCAAGAUGUGAUCAUAGGCAUCAUAGAUACCGGAAUAUGGCCAGAGAGCAAGAGUUUUGGCGAUCAGGGAAUGCCUGAAGUGCCGAAAAGAUGGAAAGGCACAUGCGAGAAUGGAACAGAAUUCACCCCAUCUCUCUGCAACAACAAGCUCAUUGGGGCUCGAUCCUUUAGCAGAGGCCUUAAAGCAGCAGGACAAAGAAUCUCCACAAAGUAUGACUUUGAUUCUCCACGAGACUGGUUUAGUCAUGGUACUCACACUUCAUCAACAGCUGCAGGUAAUCAUGUGCCCGGCGCAAGUCAUUUCGGAUAUGCAAAAGGCACGGCAAGAGGGGUGGCGCCACGAGCACAUGUCGCCAUGUACAAGGUUGGCUGGAACAACUCAGACUUUUAUGCUAGUGAUUUUCUUGCAGGCAUGGAUCAGGCAAUUUCUGAUGGUGUUGACAUAAUGUCACUGUCUGUUUCCUAUGACGUCGUUCCUUAUUUCAAGGAUCCCAUUGCCAUUGCUUCUCUUUCUGCAAUUGAAAGUGGCAUUGUUGUUGUCUGCGCCGCUGGAAAUACGUGGGGUGCUCCGAACUCGAUAAACAAUGGAGCACCAUGGAUCACAACAGUAGGGGCCGGAACUCUUGACCGGACCUUCACUGCAACACUGACUCUGGAGAAUGGUCUAAUAGUUGAAGGAACAUCAUACUUCCCGGAAAGUGUUUACAUUACUGAUGUGCCAUUCUACUAUGGCAAAGACAAUGCGGCCAAAGCAAAAUGCUACGAUGGGGCACUGGAUCACAAAGAAGUGGCAGGAAAGGUAGUCCUUUGUGAUAAUACCAUCGAGGGUCCUGAUAGUAGUAGCAGGGUCAUAUUUCAAAUUGCGGAGGUGGAGAGGGCAGGUGGCCAUGCCGGAAUUUUCAUGUCCAACCACUCAUUUUUUGAGCCAGAAUUCUUCACCAUUCCUGCUAUAAUUGUUCCAAUUGCUACAGGGGCCUUGAUUAGAGAAUAUGAAACGCAGGUCCAUACAGCUAGAGUAAAGACCCUGAGUUUUGUGCACACAAACUUGGGUACCAAACCCUCACCAGAAGUAGCGGAGUUCUCUUCAAAAGGACCAGACCCGAUCACUCCGGGUAUUCUAAAACCAGACAUUCUUGCUCCAGGAGUCAAUGUGCUUGCUGCAGUUAUACCAAACAAGCGAUGCAUGACAGUAAACAAUUAUGAUUUUGUGACAGAUUAUGCACUAGACUCAGGAACAUCAAUGGCGACACCCCAUGUCGCCGGAGUGGCAGCUCUGCUUAAGGCUGUUCACCGAGAAUGGAGUCCAGCAGCCAUCCGAUCGGCCAUCAUGACCACCGCAUACUCAACUGACAAUUCUCACACCAGCAUACUAUACCAAUUGUCUGGUCUUCCUGCCACACCUUUAGAUUUUGGUGCAGGUCACAUCAACCCCAAUAUGGCCAUGAAUCCCGGACUAGUCUACGACAUGGAUGUGCAGGACUACAUUGAGUUUCUGUGUACUCAGGGGUACAAUGAUAAGCAGAUGAGAGCAGUUACUAGAAGAAGCCAAUGGAGUUGUAGACAGUCCCCUGUUGAACUAAACUAUCCUUCAUUCAUGGCCAUCUUCAACAAAACAGACAUUCUGAGGACCAAAAACUUUAGCAGAAUUCUGACAAACGUUGGGGAGGACACAUCAGUUUACCGAGCAAUUCUGCAAGUUCCUACUGGAAUGAGGAUAACAGUAGAGCCUAGUACUCUUACAUUCACCCAAAAGAAUCAGCAGCAGUGUUUUGUUAUGAAUGUAGAGAUUGAUAGGAAUGCUUCAGAUGUCAUCUAUGGUUAUCUCAGAUGGGUUGAUGACCAUGAUCACAUGGUAUCAAGCCCUGUAGUGGCCAUGAAUAACUAG